GGGCAGAAGGUGGAAGUUAGAAUGUUUAGGCCUGUGGUUGCCAUAGCGACAAGGAGGUUGACAGGCCAGAUUCAGCCCUGGGGGACCCGACAAGAUUCCAGGCCCCUGACAUCCUGUCAUGAACAGUUAUACAAGCAAGUGCACCAGUGAGGCACAUCUGCACAGUGCUCCAUUCACACCUGGGCUGCACCUUCUCUCAUCCUGGCUUCACAGGUGCUUAGAAGAACACACAGUCAAGUUUUUCAUCAAACACGUGGAAUAUAUCACAGAACUUUGCUAAGAUGGACAAUUCCAUGCAAAAAGACCAACACUCUGGCAAAAAAUAUUCCAGAAAGGCUGACAAAGUACAGAAAGGUUUUACUGCUGCGUAUCCAACACAAUCCUCCAUUCCUUUUAAAUAUCAGCCUUCCAGAAUUCCAGAAUCAGAAAAAAAAGGAUUUAAUAGUCAAGCCAAGAGGUUUUACCAUAUAAAGGAUGAUAUCCCAGGUCCUGGGUUCUACAACGUCAUUCACCAGUCGCCUGUGUUUGACAGUGUGUCGUUGUCUAAGAAAGGGACAUGUACUUUUCCCUCUGUGUGUGCCCGAUUGGACACCAUCGUCUCUAAAUACCCCGCAGCUAACGCGUACACUAUACCAUCACAUUUUGUUUCGAAGAAAGACUUCAGUAAUUCCUGUUCCAGCAUGUUCCAGUUGCCAAGAUUCGCGAAAGUUCUCAAAUUUGAAACUCCCGCACCAAACCAUUACAAUGCCUCUGUCUCUUGCUGCAAACAGACAAACAACGUUUGUGCCCGAGCCGGGUUCAUGUCCAAAACCCAGAGAGGACUUUUCACUAUUACUAAAACAGGACCUGCCCCAGGGCAUUAUAAUGUCAACGAAUCCCUUGUGAAGCAGUCGCCGAAGAUAUUAAUGUCUUGUUUUAAAUCAAAAACUGGCCGUGGAUUAACACUGACGUCGACAGGCCCAGGACCCGGUUAUUACAACCUGAAAGGUCACACCAAAGCUCAGAAAAAGCCUCUUAUCCGGAGAAACGCCAUCCUAAAUUUCUCUGCCCAGCCUUUGCCUCUGCCCCCAAAGCCGCCUCUUCCAGGCCCUGGGCAGUAUGAGAUCGUGGACUACACGGGGCCCCCCAAGCACUUCAUCUCCAGUGCAUCCUUCGUGUCCAACACCAGCCGGUGGACAGUGGCGCCGUCCCAGCCAGGCCUGCCCGGCCCAGCCACAUACAAGCCGGAAUUCCCUGGAAAGCAGUCCUUUCUCUACAAUGAGGACAAGAAAUGGAUCCCAGUGUUGUAGUCACCUCAUCCGAGCUCAAGGAGACCCCCCCCGGCCACCAGCUCUACCCCCAGGCACCCCGGACGGUCAUUCAGAGAGCGCCCAUCUCGUGUGUGACGGCUGAUGACUUGGGACGGCCUUGCC